AUGGUGGGACGUUCAACUAUACGUAAUAGGCAUCAUAGUCGGCCGUCUGUUUCCAUUCCGCAAUCGACACUUGGUAGCGUUGCGAGAUUUGAAGACAGGAAAAGGAGUGAUGAUUUCGCAGGCUCAACUAUGCAGAUUCAUCCAGUUUGGCCAGAAAUGCCUCAAGGUCAGGGGGAAUUAUUCUUCGAGUGUACACUGUUUCUUUAUUCUGUGUUAGCUCUAUUUUUACAAUAUCUCAAUUUGUAUAAAACAAUGUGGUGGCUUCCGAAAUCUUAUUGGCAUUAUUCAAUGAAAUUCCAUCUCAUAAACCCAUACUUACUAUCUUGUGUGGGUCUUUUACUUGGAAUGCGAGUAACAAAAUGUUUUUGGAAUACGAUAACUGAGUUAUCAACCAGUGCAAAGCAGAAUGGAUCGAAAACUCAAUGUUUUUUAUGGGAUAUUGUUGAAUGGGCAGCAGUGAAAACACCCAUGUUCACGAUGGUUGCAACAUCGUUUCUUUUCAGUUUUUCUCGCGUUUAUUUCGAUUAUCCCUUCAAAUCAUUACUUUCUUUUGGGCAUCCGGUCCUUUUCUUCAUAUACUUAUUCUAUGGCGACAUAUCGUUUAAAGUGCGUUGCCUAAAUGCAAAAUUUUGGUUUCUUCUUAAUGGGGGUUCGACAUCAGAAUUAUCAAAAGUAACUGCAAUGUAUCGUAAAAUGAGCCCACCUACACUCAUUGACAUUGACAGUGUUGUGCAUAUGUGUAGUACGAAUCCAUCACAAAUACGGGAAGAAGUUUCGGUUUUAAUAAAGGAUUUAAAUUUGCGACUGAAGCAUUGCUUUUUUUCUGGUCUAACAACAGCUUAUCUUUCAAUUUUCAUUCCUUGUGUAUUCACUCCACAGCGGUCGCCAUCUGGUUUAUCGCAACAAAUGUAUAUUGAUAUUCUGUGGGUGGUAGAAUUGUUUUGUGUCGUAUUUUCGACAUCAUUUUCACUUUAUGCAGCAUAUUUGCUACCAUUACAAUACUGUGAUUUGAUACAUCGUUGUGCAGCACAUCUUGGUAAAUGGGAACGAGUGGAUCGGACUGUGAGCACUACAAAUGGAAGUGGAACAAGCAGCAAUACUGCUACCACUAGCAGUAAUGCCAUUGCUCAUAGUAGCAGCAGUGGUUCAACACCAACGACUAGUGUUUCUGCACCAAAUACUGUAUUAGUCAAUUGGUCUGAAGGAGAUGGGCUUUAUGCAGAUGGAACUAUUGUCCGUCAUCAAAACCAAAUGUAUAGAGCUGUUGCUGCAUCUGCUGCGUUAGGUGUAGCUGCUGAACCUGGAGAUACAGAUCAUUCUCGUUUCUAUCGUAUUGGGAGGGAUCCAGUCUUUUUGGUAACGGUAAUGACACUUUUUCAAGUUAUCCUGAUUGGUAUUCAGUUCUGGAUGCUAAUAUUAACGACAGAUUGGCAACAUAUCGUCAACAUUUAUGCACUUGUUGUCGACUUGGCGAUUACGAUGUUAGGACAUGACGAUGGGCGAGAAAAUGCUGUUGUUGUUACAAAGCUGAAAUUGCAUGAUGGAAGCUUGGAGAGGUCUACAAAGUGUGUGAUUUAUAAUGAACCAACUGAAAGUUUUUUGGAUAAGAUACGAAAAGGUCAAAUCAUUCGGAUACAUCGUGCUAAGGUAAAAAGAGAAUUUGAUAGAGAAGUUGUACUUUAUGGAAAACUUAAAAUAGCAGGCUUCGCUGUCCUUUUGUUUAGUGGGCUUGUUAAUGAUAAUAUUGCUCCUGUGUAUCAGUCUUCGGUGAAAUUUACUGUGACAGAUGAUCAUGAAAAAAAGAUAGAAUCAUUGCGAAUUUUGUUCGCAAAGGAUCAAUCUUUGAGAGUUGGAAUGACUUCCGCAGUAUCAGAUCACUUAAUUACUUCGGAAGAUGAUUUACGGGGUGAAUUGGUGAUCACUGAAAAUAAAAUAAAUAAGAAACGAAUAGGAAUUGCAGCAGCAGCUGAAAAUGUAAAAAUUCAUCGACUGAAUGAGCUUGUUCUUGGUAGUUACUGUAAUGUUGCAGUACAGGUGAUAUCUGUAUUUGUUAGUGUUCAAAAUAGUGUAAUACUGCGUUGUUGGGAUACGACUACAGUGCAAAGGAAAUUGUUUUCUGUUGAUGCUGAUUCCAUUCAACAUGUAAUGUGUAAUGAUAGAAGUUUGGAGGAAGUUCCAAAGAACUACCGUUGCGACGUGGUAUUGUAUGAAGAACAUGCUGAUUUUGUUAAAAAUAAUGUAAAAUGCGGCGAUAUCGUGCUCCUUGUUAACUUACAUGUUUAUCAUUCAAAAAGUGGAAUUACUUUGACUAUGCAUACUGGUGGUCAGCACUAUAAUAGAUCGAUUAUCAUUCUUGGAGAGAACGAUAUAAUUAAAAAUAAUCUUUUGCAAGAUAUCAGUAGAUUUAAUGCUGAGGAAGGCACGGAAACAAUGUCAAUUAGUUCUGAAGGUCAAGUUAUUGCUAGAAACUGUGAAGAUAUUGGUGAAUUACAACAGGAGGUUAACGCCCCUGUUGUUGGUUUGUUUGACCGAACUGUUAUAGCGAAUAGGCAACAAAUAGAAUCGACCACACAACGAUUAAAACGCAUAAAUGCACUGCAGUUGACGUGGAUUUUUUAUUGUAUCCUAAAUAAAAAGUUUCAUCACAAUUUACAUCUUGAGUUGCCAUUUAAUUUAGCUUUAAGAGCAGCAGAAUUCAUGGUCCGACAGCUCUUGGAACGCCUUUAUAAUAGUGACAAAAAUUUAUUUGUAAAGCUUGUAAAACUGUCGAACGAGCUGUUAAAUACCUUACUAGCCUGCUUUUUAACGGCUUACUUAAAUGCGUCAUGCAUAGAUGAAACGAUCUCAUAUUUGUUACAUAUAGAUAUGUUUCAUUUAUUUGAGAAUAUUACUUGCACAAAGGACAUCACUCAUGGACCAGAAACUCGCAACAUAUCAAAUAAAAGCUCAGAAGAUGAUAUCGCAUGGGAUUUAUUGUGCAGUUUGUUGCCUGGAUCAGUUUUAAAAUUGUAUAGGUGGGAAAUUAAUUUUCUUUAUGAGAAAACAACAAAAGUCUUGUUCGUCUUGCUCUGUAACAAAUGUAACCUCUGGCAUAUCACAUCAUUUACCAGCCUUGAUAUUACAUCUUUAUGCCCCGUCUGCUUUAAACGUGGAAUUGAAGAUUCGUACUUAUUUCUUCAACGCUUUGUGUUGUUCAGGGGAGAACCAUACAAGCUUGGCUCACCACAUGCUGCAUAUUUGCUUAAGUUACAUUUAAUGAGGGUAUCCAAACUUUAUGUCUUUCAGGAUGUUGGAGGCAAGAAUUUCUACUUCCUGUUCCCUAUUCAGCUUUUGGCUUUCUUUCUUGUUGAUUUUCCUGAAAAUAAUGAAGAAAUUGCUCAUCGUAGACAAAUUAUGACUGAUCAACAAGAAAAAACCUUUGCUGAAUCGAUUCAGAGUCGAAUGCUAUCCAAAUAUAAAUUUGCUUUGGAUGAAGUAAUUAUACGAAAAAUCAAAGGAGAUACAGCCAUUGUGGAAGUUUGUCGACUUACUUUUUUUGAUCGAGUCUAG